AUGGACCGCCUCAAACAGGCCGACAAGAAGAAGAGGCGCCUGGAAAAAGCACUGGCUACUUCAGCCGCCAUUAGUGGAGCAGCAUUCCUCCCACAUUAUUACCGUUCUGCCGAUGGUGGUGAAUGGGCGUCGUUCUCUUAUGGCUCCCUUGGAGGAAUGGACGUACGGGGAUCGUACUUUGGUCAUGAACGGGGAUGGGGAGCUGCAGUUGAAUUCUCAGCUGGUCUCAUUGUAGCUCAGGCUGUUUCAUCUCUACAAUUGUGGAGGAGGAUGCUGUCGACACAUUUCGUCUUGGACGGGAUGCUGAGGGGAUAG